UGAGCUAUCGCUCGUAUUUGCGCUGUGACACAUAGCCAAAUGGUCGUUUUUACUGUACAAAGCAACAGUUACACUUAUUUAUCUAAACACCGUGGUUGUUCGCUGCACACGAUGUUGUGGGUGUUGAUGGUUUGUAUGGUAUUUUCCUCCCUUGUCCGGAGUUCCGAUGUCUCACAGAUCGUGGAUUCCGGGCGGUUACCUGGUGACACGGAACCGCGGUCGUACGUGUUGAGAAUAGAACCGAACCUUGAAACAGAAAACGCUUCGUUCACCGGCAGAGUGGAUAUCACGAUCAAAGUAAAAACCACUACUUCCGUGAUCACGUUGAAUUCUAAAGACUUGAUGUUACAUGAGAUCAAGCUUAAAGACGAAAACACUGGCAGGAACAUUAGAGUAAUCUCGUGGAGUUACGCAAGAGAACAGGAACAAGUUAUGAUAUCGGUUGAUGGACACGUUUUGGGCAAUAGAAUAUAUACGAUACGUAUACUGUUUGAAGGUAUUCUAAGAGACGAUGGAACAGGGUUUUUCAAAAGCGCUUAUGAAACCUAUUCGGAUGGAAAAAAAUGGAUAACUGCUACUCAAUUUCUAGCCACGAAGGCCAGAAGUGCUUUUCCUUGUUACGAUGAACCAAAUUUUAAAACACCAUUCAAUAUAUCUAUGAAAGUUAAAUAUGAAGAAAUGGCUCUAUCAAAUAUGCCAGCUUAUAGUACCGUUUAUAUUGACGAGAAGCUUAAGAAUGAUUCAAUUAAAUAUUACGGAAAGAAAUGGGUUCAUUUUGCGCAGACGCCGCGCAUGUCCACGUGUUCGGUGGCGUUUUUCUCCGGUGAAUUCGAACUAUUCCGUAAAACUGGCCAGAAAAUCAAUGUGUACUCUCAUUUGGGCCACUUGUAUCAAAUUGAGUACGUUACGAAUGAAGCGCUUGGCCUUUUGGAGGCCAUGGAAAAUUACACAGGUAUACCGUAUGCCAUGCCCGAACUGAACUUAUUAGCCGUGCCGGUACUGGGCUUAGAGCAAGUCGACAGUUGGGGAUUGACCACUUACCGAGAAAAAACACUUUUCGUUGACCAUAAAUCGAAUUCCAAGGCGAUCGUGUCAGCGAAGAUGGCGGUAGGACACGCUGUGGCGAGCCAGUGGUUUGGCAAUUUGGUGACGCCGACUCGAUGGGACUUUGCGUGGAUGAAUAAAGGGCUUGCUACUUAUUUGCAAUACAUUAUAACCGCAACGGUUGAACCGGAAUGGCGACUUGAACACUUUUUCAUCAUUGACGAACAACGGUCUGCAAUGGAUUACGACCUAAAUCAAACACAGCCUUUAACCACUCCAGGAAUCAUGCCAGCAGACAUGGACUACAACUUGGCCGACACAUUUUUUAAACAGAAAGCCGCGGCGGUUAUGAGGAUGCUCAACGAUUGGGUGGGGGAAGAGACGUUUAAAAAAGCUAUUAAUGCUUACUUGACACGUAAUCAACACACUGCAACGAAACCGGAACAAUUGUGGAAUGCGUUCGACAAUACGCUAUUCGAUCAGACAAAAUCCGGCUUAAACGGUAAUAGCGUUCACACUGUGAUGAAUACGUGGACGGAAAAGAUCGGAUAUCCCGUAGUGAACGUCCAGAAAAAAGACAAAUCACUCGUCUUAACUCAACAACGAUUUUCAUCUGGUUUUACCAAUUCAAAUGAUAUGACCAAGUGGUUUAUUCGUUUGAGUUACACGACGAAUAAAGAAAAACACUUUGACGCUAAGUCCGCACCAAACGUUUGGCUGGAUCCGUCGGUAAAAGAAACGAUUAUUUCGAUCGACAAUGACGUCGAAUGGUACAUUUUCAACAUACAAUCCACAGGGUUCUACAGAGUAAACUAUACUGAAGAAAAUUGGUUGUCGUUGAUCAAACAGCUGAACGAUUCACCUAAAGACAUACACGUUCUCAACAGAGCUCAGUUGAUUGAUGAUUCGUUCAGUUUGGCGAAAGCGGGUUUGCUGAAUUACAAGAUACCAAUGAGCAUUGCAAAUUAUCUAAAAAAGGAAGAUGACAUCAUACCAUGGUUCUCAGCUAUGAAAAACUUUGACUAUGUUAUAAACCGUAUGAAACGUUGUAGAAAUGCGUUCGUUGAUGUCAAGGCUUUUUUCUUCAACCUAGCUUACGAUGCGUUAAAAAUAAUAAACGACCUCGUCACCAAACAGAAAAGUCCCCAGCACCCUAUCGUUAUCGGCUGGAACGCGUUGUCGACGUGGGUAUGUAAGUUGGAAGAAGAUGCUUGUAGUUAUGGAACGAUGGCGGAAUAUUUUCGGAGAUGGGAAAACGACGAAGAAAUAUCAGCUGAAGUUAAAGACAGUGCAUUUUGUGUCGGAAUUCGAAAAACCUACUACUUAGAAAAAUUGAACACAUUUUUACACCUAUACAAUACUACCAAAUCGUAUUCGGAAAGAGGAUCGGUGAUUAACGCGUUGUCUUGUGCUGGAACAAAUCAACUUAUGACGUAUUUGGCAUUAAUAAUGGAGAACAAAUGUCCAAUUGAACCAAUUGACUACGAGGAUUUCUUUAAUGCGCUGUCUUCGACAUCCAACGGAAUAGUUGCUAUGAACUAUUUUCUUGGCAAAUAUUUUACAGAUCUCGUCAACAACGUGAAAGAUGGCCAAAAUAUAGCUAAAUCUAUGUUCUCAAAAUUAGUUUCAAAGGUUUCCAUGGAGAACGAAAUUGAAAAUAUGAUGCAAAUGGCGUUUAAAAGCAAUACGCCCGUCGAAUAUAGAAACAAACUCGUUUCAAUGUAUCAGAAUGAAAUCGAGUACUACAAAAAAUGGUACGACAAUGGUACUCCAGAAACGAUUUGGGAGUACAUAAAUCCUUUAGCGAAAGGAUUGCCGCUGGAUCCAUCAGACGAACGUAGUAUAACUACGCAGAGCCCGAUAAAAGAUGAUUCUAGCGCUUCGUCGAGUUUGCAUAAAUAAUAUAUCCAGCUGGUAUGACCGAAAAGGAUUUGCGACGACGGACAAAGAGCAUCUGCAGUGAUUGUUAUUGCACUGGUUAAAGAGAGCUGACAUUUUUAUUUUUGUAUUUAGUGUAUUUUUAUUCACUGCAUUCAAUAAUGU